AUGGUAGGUACCGUAAUGGCUGUAGUGGAAAAUGUGAAAUCAUCAGUAUCAUCGUCAUCAUCAACAAUGGAAACGGUGCAGCAACAACAACAAGAAAAUGAUAAUAGUAUUAAAUCACUUGAUUUACAAUGUGAUGAAGAAUUUGAUGAAGUAUUGGCCGAAAGACCUACUACCAGCUAUAAUCGUUCGCAUCAACAACAGCAACAACAACAACACCAACAAGAUCAACAACAACAACAACAGGAGCAACAACAACAAAAUGAUCAUCAUCAUCAUCAGCAGCAGCAGCAGCAGCAAUACCAUUCAACUGAUAAUCAUAUAUCGAUAAGUGGUGGUGGAACUGUUAACAACUGCUCUGUUGUUGAUUCACCGUUAUUUAAUAAAAUGAAGCGCCAGUGGCGAAAUUAUGGUUGGUAUACGUCAUGUGAAGAAAUGGAUGAAGUACGUCGACGUGAAAAAGUAUCGAAACGUAAAAGUGUCACAUCAGUUCACGGUACGAAGGUUUUUUAUCGUUGUAACAAUUGGAGACGUACGAGAUGUAAUUUUCGAAUGUAUGCCAUUAUUUUUGCAUCCGACAAAAUGUGCUUAUUUGCAAGUGGUGAACAUGAUCAUACUGCCAAAGAUCCAUAUUAUGUUACUGAAAUUACUCCACAAGUGGAAAGAGAUCCUCAGAUAUCAGUUCCAUCCACUGCACAACAAGAUAUCCUUACACAGUUCGUCAUGAAUGCUACUGGUAAUUUAUUACCUGAUACCGAUCAGGAGUCCAGAGAAGCGCCAGCGUCGCAGGUGUUCCUUCUACCUCCCACAUACCAGUUAGCGGACGAACAGAGAAUAACAGGAAUGUUGCAGUUAGCAAUGGAAAUUGAUCAUAAGUUCACUUUCAUUCAACGGAAUAAUGAAUUCUGUUUCGAACCAAAUGAUCCCAUGUUGAAGGGAAGAAGCAUUGUAUUACUGGAUGGUGGAACAGUAGUACUUGUGAUUGAGAGAUUUGAUGGAAUUGAACUAAGUCGUGAAGUAUGGCAAAAAGCAUAUUGGAAUCAAUUUCUUUGGGCUAUUCGGGGAAAAUGUAUGCGUGUAUUGUAUCAGAAUUUUAAAGAACCAUCCUAUUUAUAACGUAAAUUUACAGAAACAUUUU